AGAUCAUCUGAGAAAAAGAAAAAAAACCCAUAAAUCUAGGAUUCUAGCCCAUCUCAGAUAAGAAUAUUUAGGAGGCUGAGAAACCUUCACCUCCAGAGUCCAGGCUACAGAUAUGGUUGUUUCCUUAGAAAAAGUGCUAAUCUCUUUCUUCUUGGUUGUGGUUCUCAUCACAGGGCUUGGAGAAGGCCAAAAUGAGUGUGAUGCAUCACGGUGUGGAAGCUUUGGCCCACACAUCAGAUUUCCUUUCAGACUGAACAGCCAGCCGCACUCCUGUGGCUAUCAUGGGUUUAAUCUUUCCUGCACUGACAGAAACGAAACCAUGUUGCAGCUUCCAAACUUGGUGAAAUUUGUCGUCACAAGUAUUGACUACAAAUCUCAGGUGAUUCAAUUAUCCGAUCCAGAAAAUUGCUUGCUAAGACAACUUCGGCAAAUCGAGUUGUCCUCCUCACCUUUUCUAUUCCAAAGGGAAUACCGUGAAGACUUAGCCCUGUACAGUUGUAACCCAGCAGAAAGGAAAUCGAUGUAUGGCGAUCUGAUUUCUUGUCUUAGUGACAAUAGCCACAAAGUUUAUUCCUUUGAUUCUCGUGACAUCGCUGACUUGCCGAUAGCAUCUUGUACAAAGAUGUAUAAUCUUCGAUCAAGUCCUGUAAUACCCGGUUAUGAUGAUGUACUUGAAUUGAAGUGGCUUACUCCCGCGUGCGGACACUGUGCAGAGAAGGGCCGACAAUGUAGAUUGAAGAUUAAUGGCAUUGAUUCAGAGACUGAGUGCUUCUCCAAACACAACAAAGGUGCAAAAUCAAAGUUAGUGACUGCUGGUGCUGUCUUGGGUUCCUUUCUUUUAGUACUUGGGGUCUUUGCACUCUACCGUGUCUACAGAUUUGAUAAGCUUGAAAGAGAGAAUCAAGUCAGGAUCGAAAGGUUUUUGGAGGAUUACAGAAAUUUCAAGCCCACAAGAUACUCGUAUGCAGACUUAAAAAGAAUUACAAAUCAAUUUACUGAGAAGUUGGGUCAAGGAGCAUAUGGAACAGUAUUCAAAGGAAAACUGUCCAAUGAAAUUCAUGUUGCCGUGAAGAUCCUGAACAGUUCUAAGGGCAACGGGGACGAAUUUAUAAAUGAAGUUGGAACAAUGGGUAGAAUACAUCAUGUUAAUGUCGUUCGCUUGGUUGGCUUCUGUGCUGAUGGAUUUAGACGAGCUCUAGUUUAUGAGUUCUUACCAAAUGAUUCAUUAGAAAAGUUCAUAUCUUCAGCGGAUGCAAAGAACGGUUUCCUUGGUUGGGAGAAGUUACGAGAUAUUGCUUUAGGUAUAGCAAAAGGAAUUGAAUAUCUUCAUCAAGGAUGUGACCAGCGAAUCCUCCAUUUUGAUAUCAAACCUCGUAAUGUUUUGUUGGAUCAAAACUUCAACCCGAAAAUUUCUGAUUUUGGUCUGGCCAAGUUGUGUGCCAAGGAUCAAAGUGCAGUGUCCAUGACAACAGCUAGAGGAACCAUGGGUUACAUCGCACCUGAAGUAUUCUCUAGGAACUUUGGGAAUGUGUCGUAUAAAGCGGAUGUUUAUAGUUUUGGAAUGUUGUUGCUUGAAACGGUUGGAGGGAGAAAAAAUGUUAAGGUUACAAAAGAAAAUACUAACGACAUUUACUUUCCAGAAUGGAUCUAUAAUCUCCUAGAGCAAAAAGAAGACCUGCGAAUCCUUAUUGAGGAUGAUGAAGAUGCUAAAUUUGUAAAGAAACUUGCAAUUGUUGGACUCUGGUGUAUCCAAUGGCAUCCGGUGGAUCGUCCUUCCAUGAAAACUGUAGUUCAAAUGUUGGAAGGAGAAAGAGAUGACUUAACCAUGCCUCCUAAUCCCUUUGCCUCUACAGGGACUACGAGAAUCAAUACAAAUAUGCCUGUAAGACGUCCAAACCAAGAGUUGGAAGUGAUCCCAGAAGUGGAGUAAAUGUAUAUAAAUUAUGAGGUUGCCAUGAAGAUAUAUGUUGAUUGGAAUAAUCAAACCAAUCUCAUUUGAUAAGAUCUAUAAUCUUGCUGUCAAUGGAAGGACUACAAGUUGUUUCUUUUUUCAAAAUAUGAGCAAAUUGAGUACUUCAAGUUCUAUUUUUUCUUUAUCAGUUGUCAAUUCCAUGGGUUGUGGUAUGAUGUGAAGAGAAGUUCUAGGUUUACUCAAAAGAAAGCUUUUAAACAAAUGUGGUCUAAUGUAAUGCAUCAAGUCUAUUUGCAAUUAAAAGUACU